CAUAUAGUGCUCUCCCCUCCACCCCUUUCUUCCCCUGUGCCUUCUCUCUCCAUUUUUUUCCUCCCCUCCCUCUCUCUCCCUCUCUCCCCCCAAACUCUAAAUAUUAAAUAGAGAUUGGAUGCUCUCAUACAAGCUUUUAGAUCUUUUGGGAAUAGAUUGGCCUCGAUAUAGCGAGAUUGAAAGGGUUUUAAUGAUAAGGGUAUUGAUUAAUGGAUUGAUCGAUCCUAUUAGUUGGGCAAGAUAUUAGCUUUCUGUUCGAUCGAUUUUUAUCUAUCUGAUUUGUAUCUUUUUUUUUUUUUUUUUAUUGGGUUUUGAUUUGGGGUUCUUUGGAAGAUAGAUAGGAGCAAUAAGAGUAGAUUUUUAUCAGAUAUGGGGAAGAAGAAGCCCCAGAAAAGAUCGACGCUAUCGAUCAGCGGCAGCGGCGGCGAAGAAGCAUCGCCGGCGGUAUCGGAACAGACUGCAGCAUCUCCACAGGAACGUCCGAGAAAGCGAGGUCGAGGCCGGCCGCGAAAAGUGAUAGCGGAGGAAGAGCAGAAAGAAGAAGAGGAGGAAGGGGAAGAAGAUAAGGAUGGUUCCAAGAAGAAGAAAGACAAGGCCGGAGCAUCCUCCUCUUCUGUUAAGGAGGAGGAAGAAGAAGAAGAAGA